GACAUACAAAUUUUUAUCUUUCACAUUGAAAAUGCCGAUCAGUGGCGCCGGGGGGCCAAAGCCCGGGUCAAGGAAAUGGGCCCUUAUGUUUUUACUAUGAGCGUUUGGAAAGACAUCAUCUCCUGGGAGAACAACGGAGAGUCUGUGAAAUACUGGAGUUCAAUGGGCUGGGAGUUUGAUCCAGAAAAAAGCGAUCCCACUUAUAAUACCAAGAUGAAUGUUCUCAAUAUUCCCGUUUACGCAAUGGUAGCUGUUGUGCGGCAUUACGUGCGAAAAGUGCCACUUUCCCGGUUCAUAGAGCCGUUUAUAUUAGGCUCAAUGAAUUUACUCAUCGCAUCGCACGGCUUGGGCGGAGUGGUGCUGAAGCGGACGCCCCGGGAGUUACUGGAGGGCUACCACUUUCGGCUUAUGGACACCGUUGAGCUACUGUCCAAACCGUUGCUAUGGCUGGGCAUUCAACUGCCGGACACUCGUAUGCCGGGCAAUAAGUUUGGUUUAUUAAACGUCAAAAACGGUACACCCGACGGACCGUACGAGGUAUACACCGGCGUUGGGGGCACUAAGUUUGCUAAAUUUAUCGCGUACAAAGGCAAUAAGUCAUUCAAAACGCUUUUAGGCUUUGAUGCAUACGACAACCCAAAAUGCAACAUGUUUAACGGCACCGAUGGGGCCACUCUGGGCCAGUUUCUCAACGAAGACACCAAGGUCUAUAUCUAUAAUGGAGAAUUAUGUCGGUCAAUUUACGUGGCAUAUAAGGAGCCGAGUCGAGUGGUGGGCAUCCCUACUAUGCGGUUCGUACUGCCGGAAGCGAUGUUCGCCGGACCCCAAAAGAAUCCGGACAACAAGUGUUUCUGUUUCACACCCAACGACCCGGACAUGUGCGACGGUGUGUACCACUUGGGCACCUGCUAUUUCGGCGCCCCCUUAGCCCUCACUUUUCCACAUUUUUUGUACGCCAGCGAUAAGAUCAAGAACUCUGUCGACGGACUGAAUCCCACGGUUGAAGACCACGACCCGUACUUUGAUAUUUUCCCCUCGUUAGGCGUACCGUUGAGGGGAAGGGUAGGACUUCAAGUGGCGGUGUUUAUGGAGGCGACCCGAUAUGUUAUUGGUUUCGGUGGUUUCCCCGAUACAGUUCUCCCAGUCCUAUGGUUUAAAGUGGAUAUGGGUGUGGAGGGUCUUUUGGCACUGGCAGCCGGUGCUGGUCUGUGGCCCCUCCAGCUGCUAGACUGGGGGUCUGUUGUGGGAGUAUUCGCUGGUAUGGGUGUUAUGGGCUAUACAUCGAUGUAUGCUUUUAACAAACGCAAAAUUUUAAGAAAACCAAAGCAAGACUCGGGAACCGAUAUAAUGAAAAUCGAGGGCCAGACCAAUGGGCCGCCGGCACAGGAGCUUCCAUUGAAGAGUGUAGUGCCGACGUACGCCCAAACCGAUUAUCCGGCCAAUCGGUACCGUAUGGACAGUCGCGGGGCCAUCAGUCGUCGGUCAGACAAUCCGCCCAUUUAUACCAUCAGCCAAGAAGAAUAU